CGCCGGCCGCGAGUGGCGCCUAGGGUUUAUGGUUCCGUGGCGUAAUGGCGGCGUGAGUCCUCCGUUUCGGCCGUCGACUUCCUGCGUGUGCCAAAAAUAUGAAUUUUUGCAGAGCGGCAAACCGCGCCACUUCUCCCAUUUUGUAGAUCCCAUCCCUUCCAUACUUUCCGGCGGCGUUUUUCUCCGCGACAUUGUCCAGAAAUGGGCAUUGAACCGUCAGGAAGCCCUAGCCGUAGACUCCAAGCUCCCUUUCUGAAAAGGACGAAUGCUAGAAUUACCGUGAAACCUUAUAAAAAUCAAGCCUUUGACGCACCGUCCCACAAGUUGACGGAGAAAGACUCCUGCUUGCUACUCCCAUGCGGUACUGCCUCUCCUUCUUCAUCCGACGCCGUCGCCGCCGCAAACCCAUUGGCGUCUGACCUUAUCAGAAGGGGCGUGGCCUGCUUCCCCAAGAUCAACUUCCGUGGCUGGACGCCUCCGGGCCUCGGCUGGGAGGCCUGGGUAAGAGACAUGGGUUCGGAUCCGAAGGUUGUCAAGGCUUGGCGUGAGGUUGAGAUUGAAGAUGCCGUCUUGGGUUCCGUCAACUACAUUAAGCCCGACCAGUCUUUGUUGGAAGCUUUGUCCGGUUUCUGGUGCCCUGUUACACGCACUUUCAUUUUUCCAUGGGGCGAAGCCACAUUCACGCUUGAGGAUGCUUAUGUUAUUGGCAACCUCCCAAUUUCAGGAUCUAGAUUUGAUAGAGAAUUGACUGAUGAAGAAAAUGAUCGUAUGCUGAGGCUGUAUGUGGAGAAGGAGAAGAUUCGGGAGCUUCAUCCAAAGGCAAAGUCUUUACGCAGAGUCACUCUUGAUAUUUGGCUGCAGUGGUUCCUGGAAUUGCACGGCGAGGAUGAUCUUAAAUAUCUUGGAUUCUUGGCAUAUUGGUUAUCCAAGAAUGUGUUGCCGCCCUAUCCUUCCGGAGAGGUUCCCAAAAUGGUAUUUGGUCUCGCUGCUAGGCUUAGCUGUGGGGAUCGGAUUGCUCUCGCAUCACUUGUCACUGCUAAUAUAUAUCAUGAUCUGUCAAACAUCUCGAACUUUGUCUUGAAUUCAUCCAGAAAGAGAAGAGGUAAUAAGGUUGAUGUUUGGGCGCAGUUUGGACUUCUUCAAGUUUGGGUUUGGGCAAGAUUCGAGAGCUUGUGCCCAUUUCCAUUAGGUGCAGGUCCUUUGGUGUCAGAGUCUUGUAUCAGUCGACCGGGCAACAAAGCAAGUGCCAUGAAUUAUGAGGAAGCUCUUAGUGUUUUUCAGGACGAGAAGUCCUUUACAUGGAGACCAUAUUCUCUAAAAUCUAGUUGGAAAGAACCUCCUUGGUAUGGCGAGCAGACACGGAAAGUCCAUGUUGAAGACAACAUGCCUGCUUGGGCAUAUGAUUAUGUCACAAUCACCUCGCCAUCAACAUUGCAGGGUUUCUUUGGUGAUGAUUUAAUCUCAUCGGAAAGGUAUCAGCCUCACCGGGUUGCUAGGCAGUUUGGUUAUGAUCAAUCAAUCCCAAUCUCAAGUGACUCUCUAUCGACAUGGAUUGCUGGCAAUCACCACAAGAUAGGGGAAUAUGUGAUGAUCCCCAAGCUAACAAGAAGCGGUGUGCCAAGGAGCGAGUACCUAGUUUGGUGGCAAAUGCACCAACUUGAAUAUCAACAAACUAUAGAUAAAUUUGGUUCAGCACCAAAUUUACUGGAUAUUCAUCAAACUCAAUCUAAGGUGAAAGAGAAAAAUCCAGUUGAAGAUUUUGCUGUCGAAGGAGCUAAUUUCGGAGGGCAUAAAUCUCAAAAUAAUGAGUUAGAUAAGUGUUCAAAGAGGAAAAGAGAGUCAAAAGAUGAGCAUAACUCUUCAAGUAGUGAGCUUGAUAAGUGUUCUAAGGGAAGUAAGUUCGAAGCAGAUUGCAUUAGCAUGAAUGAGGAAACUUUAUCUGUUCCUUCCAGAGAUGUCAUUGUACUUGAUUCCGAUAGUGACAACUGUGUUACCGACUCAGAAGAAGAGCAAACGAGGCUGGUGGAUGAGCUGGAGGAAUUUGUCUGCUGUGGACUUUUAGCUGAGUGGGAGCCAAGUUCCCCGGGACCUGAUAAUGAAAAGAAUUGCAGGAAUUGGUACAUUGAUAAUGUCGGAAAUUAUGAAGAUCCUUAUGGGCAAGAGGCAAUUAGGAUGCAUACUCAUUUCUUUAAGCUUAUUCCCCAGAAACCACACUACAGAGGCUUGCUAGAUGACAAUGUUAGUGAAGAAGUUAAGCGUGAUGUCCACCUUUCAAAGUGGUACAGGCUCGUAGACUUGAUGAGGAAAGCAUUGGAGACGACAUGUCGAACAGACCCUUUGGAGGUUGAAAACCUGAUGGCCGAAGCUCGGAAGUUUGAGGAAUUUGGUUUCAAUGUCAAACAUGUAAUUGCACGUUUGAAAGAACCGCAGGUUCGAUUAAGGAGACUCGAGGAUGCUAGAAGUAGGCUAGAAGAUGCUAAGGAUAGAGAAAAACAAGCACAAGAAGUGAUUGCUUUUAAGAAACAUGUUAAUGACCUUGGCAGCAAGUUGCGAGAAAUUGAGGACAAAAUCGAGAAAACUCAAGAAGCUUUUGGUAUGACAGAGCCUGGAUUCGACACAAAUAUGAAGAAUUUACGUAAGGAAGUGGAAACUGCUGAAGCUAAUCUGCGUGCAAUUGAACACAAAGUCGAGUCCAUGAGCAACAAUGCUCAAAAGUGAAGAUUCAAAACGAUCGAUUGACUUCUCAAUAAUUAAUCCAUACAAAUUGUACUUGAUUAGUUUCUGUAAAUUGCAUGUAAAUGCUGAAUUAUGUUUGCUUACUCGGCCAAUUUUGAAGGGAUUCAAUAGCUUCAUGUUUU